CAAACGAAUAAAGGAGACAAAGAAGAAGUCGCUCAUUCAUAGUUCAGCUCUGUUCAACUUUAAAUGUGGCCAAAAACCUUAGACCUGUCUUGUGAGGCCUUAAGCUGCCAACCAGAGAACUGGAAGAAGCGACAGCCUGCGAGGGAGCAGUUAGCAUCAGAGCUAACUGAGAAGCUAACGGCCAGAGAAGUUUCCUGUUAGAGGAAAAGGGAAAAAGUGACUUCUCAUUGAGAACACUGGACACUUAUUGGACUCUGGGCUGUUUGGAGGCUUUUCUCCGAGGAACAAAAGCGAGUCUGACGCCUUUUGUUCUCUUGGAAGGUUCUUGUUGAUCAAUCUGCCAGUGGCCAAGAGAGGAACUUCAUUAUUAACCUGAAGGAACCAAACUCCAAAGACAUGAAAGAGGAAGAACCAGAACCUCAAGGAAUUAAAGAACAGCUUGGACUGUGUAUCUUUCCAGAUGAAAAGCAACUUGUUAAGCAGGAGACAGAAACCUUUGUAGGGUUUUCUACUUGUGACAAACUAUUUCAAGUUGAACCUGAACUGCAACAGAUGAACGUGACAAAGGAGGAACCAGAACCUGUAGAGAUUAAAGAGGAACAUGGGGAUCUCUGGAGUAAUGAGGAUGAGGAGCAACUUGUAGUGAAGCAGGAGGCUGACACCUUUAAGGUGACUCCUCUGGAUUUAAAACAUGACACAAAUGAACCAGAAGAGAAACUGAACCAACUUCUCAAUGCAGACUCCCCUGAAGGUGAGAAGCAACAUCAGCAGGAUAAUAAUGAAGAGUCAGGAUCAAACACAGAUGAUGAACUAAAGCGUAAAAAGAGACGAGAGAAAACCAAAGAUCACAAUAAUGGUUCAAAACUAAAAAGACAUAAGACCAAUAAACCUUGUGAAGUAUGUGGUAAAUGUUUCACCAAGUGUAGCUGUUUGACUAAUCACAUGAGAGGAAAUACAGGGGAGAAAUCUUUCCUGUGUGUGCUUUGUGGAAAAGGUUUCCCAAGUCAAAGUCAUUUAAAUAUCCACAUGAGAGCCCACACAGGGGAGAAGCCUUUCUCCUGUCCAAGUUGCGCAAAAGGGUUUUCUCAAAAAAGUCACUUGAAUAUGCACAUAAGAACUCAUACGGGCGAGAAGCCGUACUCUUGUGAAAUGUGUGAAAAAUCUUUCAUUCUUGGAAGUCAUCUGGCUUGUCACAUGAGAACACACACAGGGGAGAAGCCUUUUUCUUGUCCAACUUGUGCAAAAGCUUUUUCCACUAAAGGUUACCUGACUAUUCACAUAAGAAGUCAUACGGGCCAGAAGCCGUACGCAUGUGAAAUGUGUGAUAAAUCUUUCAGUGUUGGUAGUUAUUUAGCUCGUCACAUUAGAACGCAUACUGGUGAGAAGCCGUUUUCCUGUCCAACUUGUGCAAAAGGGUUUCCCACUAAAGGUAGCCUGAAUACACACUUAAGAACUCAUAUCAGCGAAAAGCCCUACGCAUGUGAAAUGUGUGAUAAAUCUUUCAGCGUUGGUAGUUAUUUAGCUCGUCACAUGAGAAUGCACACAGGUGAGAAGCCGUUUUCCUGUCCAACUUGUGCAAAAAGUUUUUCCACUAAAGGUAGCCUGACUAUUCACCUAAGAACUCAUUCGGGCUACAAGCCUUACGCUUGUGGAAUGUGUGAUAAAUCUUUCAGCUUUGGUAGUCAUUUAGCUGGUCACAUGAGAACGCACACAGGUGAGAAGCCCUUUUCCUGUCCAACUUGUGCAAAAGGUUUUUCCACUAAAGGUAGCCUGAGUAUUCAUCUAAGAACUCAUUCGGGCAACAAGCCUUAUCAUUGUAGAGUGUGCAAUAAAUCUUUCAGCACUGGUAGUUAUUUAGCUGGUCACAUAAGAACUCAUACGGGCGAGAAGCCGUAUGCAUGUGAAAUGUGUAAUAAAUCGUUCAGCUGUAGUAGUAGUCUGGCUUGUCACAUGAGAUCCCACUCAGGUGAGAAACCUUUUUCCUGUCCAACUUGUGCAAAACGUUUUUCCACUAAAGGUAGCCUGAGUAAGCACACAAGAACUCACACAGGUGAGAAGCCUUAUCAUUGUAAAGUGUGCGAUAAAUCUUUUACUUCCUCUAAUAGUAGGCUUGAACAUAUGAGAACUCACACAGGUGAGAAGCCUUAUCAUUGUAAAGUGUGUGCUAAAUCUUUCAGUACUUGUAGUAAUUUAGCUGGUCACAUGAGAACGCAUACUGGUGAGAAGCCUUUUUCCUGUCCAACUUGUGCAAAAGGGUUUUCUCAAAGAGGUCACCUGAAUAAACACAUAAGAACUCAUACGGGCGAGAAGCCUUAUCAUUGUAGAGUGUGCGAUAAAUCUUUCACUUCCUAUAAUAGUAGGCUUGAACAUAUGAGAACUCACACAGGUGAGAAACCUUAUCAUUGUAAAGUGUGUGACAAAUCUUACAGCAGUGGUAGUUAUUUAGCUUGUCACAUGAGAACGCAUACUGGUGAGAAGCCUUUUUCCUGUCCAACUUGUGCAAAAACGUUUUCCCAGAGAGGUAACUUGCGUAAGCACUUAAGAACUCAUACGGGCGAGAAGCCUUAUCAUUGUGAAGUGUGCAAUAAAUCUUUUACUUCCUCUAGUAAUAGGAUUAAACAUAUGAGAACUCACAGGUGAGAAGCUGUAUGCUUCUAAAGUGUGUGCUAAGUCUUUCAGACUCAGUUGUCAUCUGGCUGAUCGCAUGCUAACCCACAGGUGAGAAGCCUUUUCUCUGUUUGAUGUGUAGAAAAUGUUUCUUCAAGCAAAGCAAUCCAAGUGUCCACAUGAGAAUCCAUGGUGAUGACAGGCCUCACUCUUCAGAUACAUAUUAAAUCAAUAACUGUUGUAAAUUAGCUAAACACAACAUACAAGUCAGUUUAAUCAUUAAAGGAAAAGUCCGGUCAAAAUCAGUAAUUAAACUGCAUGAAGUACUUUAAAUAUAAAAUUAUUACAUACUUUUCAAUAAAUGAUGAGUUUUCUUAAUUAAGAGUAAUUUUCAUUUGAAUCUACUUUGCUGGGCGCAUCCAUCUUGGUUUAGAACAGUUUUUCCACCUCCCAGUUUGUGACAUCACAGUGCAGUGCAAUGUUAUCAAGGAGUGAAAACUCAUAUUUAGAACCAAUCUCUGCUCAAAAUGGUGAUCUGCACCGUCUAAUCUAUUUUCAGCAGUUAUCAGUUAUUGCAACCGUAAACUGCAGAAAAUACAGGCAUGGCUGCUCCUUCUGCCUUUAACUCACUCUGCUCCUAUGUCAGGAUGAGCUCCAGUGCGUUAUGAGGCGGAGGGAUAUUUCAGCGUCACUUAGUUUAGAGCCGAAACAAUCGACU